CGAAAUUUGGCGAAAUUUAUGUUAGUUCUAUAAUCAGUCUAUAUUGUGACGUUUCCGCGGGAAACAAACCGAAAGUAAACGUGAAUUUUGUUCUUAUGAUGUAUAGUGAUGAAAUGUAGUAUUUAAAUGAGUGAGAUGAAGAGUCGACCAGAAUCUCGACAGAAGAAGGCGGGGUCUGAGACGGAAGAAGGGAAGUCAAGUGCUGAUGGGAAAAAGAUUUCGCCACAGAAACCUUUAACCAAACUCACAGAUGUUAUAAGUAGGGUCAAGUCUGCGAAGUCGUCUAAAUCCUUGGUGAAAGUUGAUAAGUCUUCAGUUAGUUUGGAGAGAAAGAAAAGUGGUGUGGAGAGAAAGAAAAGUGCUAUGAAGAGAGGUGUAGGUGACACAAAAACUGUCAGAAUGUUUAUUGGAAAAUGUAAACAAGACAGACCGGAGGAAGCAGAUGAUGUAGAAGAAAAACAGAAACUUCGAAAUGAAAAGAUCUGGGAUGAAAAACUUGAGAAAUUAGCUCUUAAGAGAAAGAGAGUAUCUGUGAUUGAUAGAGAAAUUGGGUUGAAACAAAUACGCAUUAUUCCUGCAUCACCGCUGAUAGAAAAUGUAGCUGUCAAGAGAAAAUGUGUGAAGAAACAAAGUGACCUAAGUGCACUUGAACUGAAGGCAGCGCAUCCUGGUGCUGAGCUAAUGAAGCCAAAUUACAAGGGACCACGCUAUGACCCUUUAGGUAGAAUCAUUCCGCACAGCAUUCUGGGUGACGUUGAAAGUUUCCUUAAACACUCUGGACAGGCAGCCAAAGUGAGCAAUAUAUUGCUUGUCCAUCCGUCAGAAACACGAGCAGUUGUACACAAGAGUUCCGAGGAAACCAGUAUGUUUAACAAUCCAUUGUUGAAUCAGGGAAAUGCUUUGCGGACAUGGAAAACUGAAAUGGAAAUGAGAUGUGAAGAGCAGAAUAGACUUGCAGGUAUACUCAACUGUCGGGAGAAGGAUUUGUUGAUGUGUAAAAGUGAAACCCGAGCUGACAAAGAGUUGAUAAACAUACUGCAGUAUGAGGACUGGAGUAACGACCCUCGGGUCUGUUUCUGGAGGCUCGCGCAACACUGCACUGCAGGACAUUUACAUGAAACACUGCCGAAAUCAGCUAGAGGUCAGCUACCUACUCCUGUUCUCAGUGGAGAUGCAGAUACUAUCUUGAAAGAAAAAGGUAAAACUUGUGAUGCCGAAUUAUGCAAGAGGUUGAAGGAUGACACAGUACAAGAGAGAAUACAGUCUGUCAAAGGAACCAUACAGAUAGCAAACAAAGUGCUCUUUGAUAAAUUACUAUUGCAAGGGGAAGUAACUGAUGCUAGAGGAGGUAAUGUAAGGAAUGUAAAGAAUGUGAAAUUCGAAAACGGAGAGGACAUACAUGGUACCAGUAAGGCUGAAAAUGCUGAUGUAGAAAACACCUAUGGUUCAGUGUUCAGCAAGUUCUUUGCGGCAAGAAGAAUGUCAAAAGUAGUGAGACAAACACGAGAGUUGAUGAAGUUCAAGGGGAUCUCUGCGGAACCAGACGAUGAUUUUUGUGGAGAGGCUGAAUCGGCUUUUUUCAAUCGUUCUAGAAGGGGGACAUUACACAAGCAUAUCGCUAUGUUAGACAAAUUGUCGAGAUCUCUAAAAGAUACCAGAACGGUUCUUGAUUUCAAAUUCAUUGGACCAGAGAGGGAAGAAGUUGAUGGACCUGCAUUAUUUAUAGAUGGAACUACUUUACAGUGGUGCGGCAGCAGUGGUAGUGAGGAGGAUGGUAACAGUAUAUCGAUGGAAGUGUUUGUUCUUAUCAAAGGAGAACCAGGAGAGAUGUUGAGGGGAUGUGCCCAGUUUGAAAAUGUUGGAACAACAGUGAUCAGAUACUCCUGGCAGCGAGUUCCAGAAAAUAGGCCACUACCUGUCCCCAGACCUCACAGGCGGUUCUUCUAUUUCUUGGAUGAUCAGGGUGUUAUGUUGCCAAAGGAGACAGUCUCUGUGCCGGUGUUGUUCAAAAGUCAGAUACCUGGAUAUUUUACCGAAUCAUGGCUCCUGUCAACACAACCAGAGUUAGAAGGCGGGGCUAAAGUGAAGUUUACCUUCAAGGCCAUUGCCAGAUAUGAACCAGAUUUCAGUAGGCAGUUUCAGGACAUUGAGGACUAUUUGAAAGAGAAGGAGGCUCAGACAUUGUGUUCACUACAGACAAAAUCUAUAUUGGACUACGCCCUAUUGAAAGCAUCACUGAAACCUGGUUGCCUGAGAUACGAUCCUGUGGAACCGUCCAUAGAGGAAAUGUUCGUGCAAACAAAUCCAGGGUUGUAUUACUACGCCCAUGUUAUAAGAAGAUUGCAGUUGUUGUGCGAGUCCUUCAUUCCCGAGACGGAACAUAGGAAGUUAGAGAACGGUGUUCUUGUUGUUUCUGUGUCUAGCCUUUGGAAGGCAUACCUUGCCUUACCGGAUGAUGAUGUAGAGGGAGACAGUGAUUCUGAAGAUCAGAGUUACACCAAUCUGACCCGCAAACAAAUGUUACUAUGGCAGCUGUACAGUGAUAUCUCUACAUUGUCUUUUCGGCCCAUAGUACUUUUACAGUCAAGUUUUCAGUUGAAAUGUAUGAUGAUGUACACAAUGCUGCAGACUGGUAUAGAUCACAUGGUUAGUUUUGCCCAUGAUCUGGCAAACAGCCUCAGACUGGUUCCUAAAGAGGAAGCCAAAGAAACAGAUAACACACAAAAGCAAGAUAAAAAAGGAAAGAAAAAUAAAGGAAAGCCGAACUCUUCAAAGGGAGGUAAGAAAGGGAAGUCACCAGAAGAAGCAGCACCUGUUCCCGAGCCGACAGUCUCGCCAGAAGUACCAAAGCUUGUGUUCUCAGCUGCUGAUAAAUUUAGGACUGACAAUGCAGAGAAAUUUUGCCCAGAACUAGCACAGUAUGAUGAAAAAGUUUAUUUGGAGGUGUACAGUAUGCUGAUAAAUACAAUUGAAGAAAUGUCAGUUUUAUUGGAAGAUAUGUGAAAUAAAUGUAAAAUAUAGAAUGGA